CACAUGUGUGAGGGGGUGGGUUCCUUUCUUUCACUGUCACACAAGCCAGUGUGUGUGUGUGGUGUGUGUGUGUGUCUCUGUGUGAGAGCGCUCAGAGGACAUGUAUUAUCAGCAGCCGCCGAGCGAUGUGCGUUGUCCUUGAGAUCAAGACCUUUAAAGCCCCGGAGUUAACGACCGACAUCUGCUCCCUAUGAAGAAGUCAGCUUCUUUCUGGAAACCACAGGCACUCUGCUGCUUGUGUCUUGCGUUAUUACUGCCUGUUGCUGCAACAGGAAAAUGGUGCAACAACCCAAAUAACUUCAAAUGGCUAACAGAAGAGCUUCAGGAUGAGAUCAACAAUCUGAAUGAUAAUCUGCUCCCAAGCAUGGUAAAAUACAGCAUCUUUACGAAUGUGAACUCUGCUGAACUGACUGAUCACUGUUUUAUCGUCAUCACCUCCAAGCAACUCAACAACACUCUUCUGCUCCUGAUGAGCCACUUUCGAGAAAACUCAUACACCUACAACCAGACUCAGCUAAUGGUGAAAUACCUUGCGAAACUUUACAAGGAUUGCUCUGAUGAAAGUUCUCUUCAUCAAUGUUUGAAACCAGCCACGAAGGUUGUUACAGCAUGCAGAAGUGACCUGUUUGCUUAUUUUCAAGCUAUCUUGAAUCACUAUAAGUAUAUAUUUGAUCAGUGUAAUUUGACAAAACAACCCACCGAGCAGUCAGAGGGAUAUCGUUUCUUCCUUGAAGCCUCCAACAUCACUGGCUCUUCAAAUUGCAGCCUUAUUGACCUUCAUUCUGGAUCAUAUUCAAACAAUUCUUACACAAACUCUUCCACGCAACCUUCGUAUAAUGUACGGACUGUAGUGGGCAACACGUUUACUUCCAAGGCAGAAGCCAGGUCCACCGUGACCAGUGUAGUCACAAAAGACAACAGUGUGCAUACAGCCACCAACAAGAAUGCUUCCGUUGGGAUCAGGCCAACAAAUGGCCCACCUUACACUGUUGGCAACUCAAAGCAAACAGAAGUUAACAAUAGUGGAACUGUGCCUGAUACACUGUCUGCACCAAGCUCUGCUGCAUCGCCAUCACAGACUGUCAGUGAACCCACUGGAGCAGAAGGAACUGCUAGUCCACAUCAAGACAAGCAGCACAUGAACUCCCAGCUUUAUCUGUGUCUAUUCAUAGGGACUUUAGUUGCACUGGUUUUAGCGCUCUGUGCAAUCGUUCAUUUAUACUUCAAGCUAAAGAGACUGCAGCAAGGGUAUGGAAGAGCAGAAAUGCAAGACCAUGAUGAAAAUACCAGGGAAAGUUCCUGCUAACAGAAGUCUAACGGACUGUAACGGAGUGGAAGAGCGGUUUUAUGACCCUCGUUGGUACCUAGCUUCCGUGAAGCAGCCAACGUUUGCUUUUCUUCCCAUGUUAUUAAUGGAGCUGGAAAUCCCCCUGAAUUUCCCCAAAGUGUAGAUUGAUGCCUGAACAGCUUGUGACCAUCGUACUGGCUACUGACUGGAACAAAGAUGGCUUUGACCCAAGCAAUUACAGCACUCGAACUGGCAGUGGUGAAAAACAAACAGAGAAUGUAAGAUGCCUGCUGCACACAAAGAGGCUUUUUAUUAUUCAAGAUCAGUAACUGGGCAACACAUCGGCGAAGUUUGUGUUUCGAAGCAGACAAGGAUGAUGAGCUGAAAAGCUUCACCCAACUUGACCCCCCGUAACUCUCUGCUUCCGUUGCUACAGAUUAAUCAAUGGGAGUCUGGACUACAUCAAUCAUUAGAGACUGUUUCAGCAAAGAAAUUGCCUCUGAAUGAGAAAUUAUUUUUAUAUUCACGGAAGAGAAACUGCAUAAAGUGUAGGAUAGUUAAACUAAUAGCCAAAACAAGAGUUACCAGUGACAGUUAUCAUAAGUUACCAACUCAAUAAUCAUCGAGCUAACAGCCUGACAUCAGCAAGUCACCAUCAAGUUAACAAUCUACAGUCACUACGUCAUCACUGAGUCACAUUAAUGAAAUGCCACUGUUGAUUUACUAAUCCUCUAACAUCUAGUCAUUGUAGAGCUGCUAAUCCAAUGGAAUCACCAUUGAGUUGUCAACUUAGAACACUGGGCUACCAUGGCACUACCAACUCAAUACCACAAAGACGUCAAGUUAUUCGCCUACAGUCUGAAAAUUGAAUUCUGCUUCACCUCUGUUACAAUUUCUUUCAGCUACAAGAAUUAUCUUGAUAAAGGAGAUUAUUUUUGAUCUUUCUCACCUUCAGUUGGUUCUUGAUAUCAUUGACAAUGUUGGAGAUUUGAGAUUUUCAAAGGCAUUUCCACCAAUACAUGGAAAAUGUGAUUUCAGAACAACUUCUUUAAAAUUACUUUGGUAUAAUGUCACCAAACUAUUUUGACUAAAGUAUGUACAAAUUGCAUAAGGAGUGGGGAGGAAUCACCCAUACUGAAGGGAUUAUACCCAAAGGACGAGAAGGUCUGCAACAAUAGCAGGCUAAUGCCAAUAAGGAGGAGUGAUCUAUCUAGUCAACGUUAUAUCAUUAGGGGCAGGAUCUUCUGGUCGGUGAGCGGGGGCAGGGCCCGCUUGCCGACACGUAAAAUGACAUGGGAUGGCAUCGGGUGGAACUCCUGACAUCACUUGGGUCAUUUCCAUUUUCAGUUUGGCAGGGGUGCAGCCAAGUCAGCUGCCUACUUGCCAACCUGUCAACAGCCUAUUGAGACUGGGUGCCGGGGGGGGGGUAUAAUUUUUUCCUAGGAGUCUAUGCUUGUGUGACUUACUUACUUAAUCCCAUGCUCAACAUAUAAAAGAACUUGAUUAAUGAAGUGGAUCAAUUGAUACCAAAUAUUAGUAACUAUAGUCAGCUCACAGGUAUAAGGAAGAGUUCUAACUGAUUGCAUGAUUUUGACAUCCUCCUUCCCCCCACCUUCAGCAUCUCAGAACCUUCCCCCAUCAGAGCUUAUGUGCUGAAGUUAAAUGAAUCCAAGUGACAGAAAAUACAACAGGAAAUGCUUAACUCAUCUUGACAAUUAAUACAAAAUAGGCAAAAGACUUUCAUUUUGAAAAUCCUUGAAUUGAAAAACUGAUGCCCUUCAGCACUGACUGUGACCUGAAUUUAGGAGAUUUGUGGGAGCACAAUUUAUUUGCCUGGGUCAAGUGAGCCCAGUUUGGGUGAAUCUUCAGUGCCCGUGUGCCCUUGACUAUAAGAAACACUAGCACCAGACCCCCUGGGAUGGGAGAUUGCCCAUAUCCAUCCUUGGCCCUAUCCAUGGUCCCAUCAGUCCCCUGAAUAAGGGAAUGGAACUAUGCAGGAAGGUCGCUGGGAUCCAGAGAAUUACUGAUAGAGGCUUAUGUAUGCCCUUGCGAAGAUCAGUAACCAUCCCCCAAUGCCCCCCCUCACUCAAUGGGCACACCAACCUCCACUAAUAGGUCAGUUCCACUGGAGUCUGAGGAGACGGAAUUCCCUGUUUACGGUGUUCCCAACCCCUGGUUACCAUUUGCCUUGUAAGGGCCAAAUCAAGGUUUCCUCCUGUGAUCUUCUGGAAACCGAGGUGAUUUAGUGGAAACCGAGUCUCUGCAAUUUUCCUGAGGAUUCUGCCAAUGUUCCAUGGAACUUUGAAGCCUUUCACAUUUGUGAAAUGUAAAUAUCAAACUUAGCAGCUGUACAAAAGAUCACCAUUAUAAACCCAUAUCAUCAUAAACCUUAUAUCCUGAAUAAGUAAUUUUAAGGAAAGGCUGGAGGCCAGUCGGAUGAUGCCCUGUUGCCAAAUGCACAAAGAGGAGAACAUAUAUGUUUUUAUAAAACAUCCCAGAAAAUGGAAUGUGAAGAUAUUGACAUAGAGAAAUUAUAAGGACUACAAUCUCUGUUCAUGUAAUAUCAUAGCAUUUUCACCAACUUCAUCUGAGGAUUGAUGUACAUAUGCACUGCCAAUUUUUCAACGCACUUUUUAUUAAUAAUUGUUCCAUAUUUUGUACAUUAUUUUUCUUUCAUCUUAUUUUAUCCUUUUUCAGGAUGACAUAUGUUUUGCUUCAUUGCAGAUUGCUUUUUUUUUCAAAUUCUGUAAUAUUGUCCACUGCCACCACAUCAUAAGGCCAAAAUCCUAAUCCUUUAUCAUAUCAAAGCUCACUCUCCAAAGCAGCCUCUCCCCACUAUUGUGCCACUUGCCUCCAACUUCUACAAGUUGCCACGGGCUAUGAAAUCUGUGGUCUCUGUCAUAAGAAUAUAAGAAAUAGGAGCAGGAGUAGGCCAUUCAGCCCUUCGAGCCUGUUCUGCCAUUCAGUAGUCUGUGCCUUCAGUUCAUGGCUUUACCUCCUACUUCUAACAUCCAACACCCCUGAUACCCUGCAGCCAGGUCUCAGGAUGCACAAUCAGCUUCUCUGGUACCAUUCUGCUCUUUGUUCCUUCUGCUCCACAAGUGCUAAAACAAUAAAAACAAAUUGCAUUUCUAUAGUGCCUUUAACAUAGUAAAACAUUCUAAGGCGCUUCACAGGAGCAAUUAUCAGACUAAAUUUGACAUCAAACUACAUGAGGAAAUAUUAGAAGAGGUGCUUCAAGUUUUGUCUUGGAGGUAGGUUUUAGGGAGUGUCUUUAAAGAGAGAAAUACUUGGGGAGGGAAUUUCAGAGCUUAGGAUCUAGGUAUCUGAAACAACAGGUACCAAUAAAGCAAAGAAAGUUGCAGAUGCACAAUGGGCCAGAAUCGAAGGAGUGCAGAUAUCUCAGAGGGUUGCUAAACUGGAGGAGGUUUCAGGGAUAUGGACGGGCGAGGCCAUAAAUCAAGUGUUACCAAACCAGGAGCCAUCAUAGGUUGGCAAGCAAAGGGGACUUGGUGGACGGGACUUGAUGGAAGUCAGGUAUGGGCAGCAGGGUUUUGGAUCAAUUUUACAGAGGGUAUAAGACUGGAGACCUGCCAGGAGAGCAUUUGAAUUGUCACGUCUGGAGGUAACCAGGACAUGGACGAGGCUUUCAGCAGCAGGUGAGUUGAGGCAGAGAGGAAGUGGGUGAUGUUAUGGGGAUGGAAGUAGGCAGUCUUAGUGAUGGAGAGGAUAUGGAGUUGCUUAAAACCUAAUUUUCUUGAUCUCUCUACAGUUUACCACCUUCAUUUACAAGAUCGGUCAAUAUGACCGCUCUUCAACUUUGCUUUCAGUCCCCUUCCCAAUUUCUGUUUUCUCCUUUUUCCUCCUGCUUUCAGUUACUAUCUUCCUCUACCCUGCAUUGCAUUUUGAGACAUGUCUCCAUGCACGCAGAGCACUAUAACCAUUGAAAGUUGUUGUCAGCAGGAUUCUCAAACCUAAAGUGGUGGGUCAUGACCAAAAAGCAAUCAUGGAAGGCAUCAGAAAGUGCCAUAGGAUUCAAGAGUGUAAUUUGUGAAAUAGUAAUGAAGCCAAACAUAGAUUUCCAAUCUAGCAAACUUCCUUUGGCAUCUGUCCGUUAGACUUUGAAUGUCGAUGUCUACUUGUCUUCAUGCAAAACCAUCAAUUACCUUGAGUUAGCUUCCAUUUCAUUCCCAUUGGUUUAGUAUUUCUUUAACAUUUUAAAUGGUUCUGUUUCAACAUUUUUAUAGCAUAUGAUAGAAUAAAGACUGAACUAAAAAUGGGACAAAUGGUACUGACCUGAGGGUUGUACAGAUUUGAAAAGGAAGUAGUGAGGCAGUGACACUUUCUUAUGUUGAUGCUGACAUAAAACAUUGGAAUAGAAUAUAUUUGACACCAAUGGGGUAUGAAAAUGUGAGCUGGGCUGAAGAUACAGUUGUCAGCUCUGGAUUGACAUAUCCCUGGAGGUUUCAUUCAGAUGCCACCUAGCCUCUGACCACCUGACCACCUGGCCAGACAAACAGCCAUUUCUUUUCCAUCUCCAACAGCUUUAUAACUUGAGUUCUGCUGAAAAAGGAGACAUGUCAAAUCUUUCUGUCUUGAGCUCAUUUGGACGCUUUGCAAGAAUGCCAAAAAAAUAGGAAAACAACAUUUUAUACUGUAUAAGAAGAGAAUCCACUUGCCAGCCAAUUAGCACUCUCUUCUCACACAGUACAAACUGUUGUUUUCUCCUUAUAUUGGUAUUCUUGCAAAGUGUUCUGAUGAGUGCAAGAUGAAAAGCUUUGACGUGUUUCUUUUUUCAGUAAUACUCAAGUUUUAUAACUAACGAAGAAAAGUGUUCAAAGAAAAUGUUAAAAAAAAUAAAUUUCGCAAUGUGCUGAUGAUUUUCUCCCUGGUCAUCCUGGAGAUUAAUCUUUAAUUCCUGGCAAUGCCUGGACAAUCCUGGAGAGCUGGCAAACUGUAAGCCAGCUUUUCUCUGCGCACUGCAUGUAACCAAAAUCAUACACCCAUUUUUAAAUGGCCUCUGUAUUUUGUUCCACAAAGUGCACAGAGACAACUUUCUCCACUGAGUCUCCCUUGCUAUAUGACCCAGAAAGAAGACUUGGAAUAUAAGCCAGUUCAUUAAUUGCGCUUCCUGCUGAGAUGGAUUCCCAAUGCGAAGGAUGUUUCCUGAAGGUCUAUUUGCUUUGCAACAUGUUCAACAAAGGACUGCUGUGUAUUUUUUUAAAAGAAGAGAACUUUGUGUAUCUUUGAUGUGGUCAUCAGCUGCAGCAUGCGGUGACAUAGGAAGCACUUCACUGGGACUUACAGACGUUUUCUUAAUAGGCCACAUUUAUGUGCAAGAUCAUUUAAGUUCCGUCGGCCAGCCAGGGGAUAAUGUAUAACAGGUUUACUGGAAAUGUGACACACUGGUGUCACAGAUGUUUUGCUCCAUGUGAAACGUGAUGUGUUUUGACAAGUUGGAUGUUUUACCAGUAAAGCGUGACCACCUUGAUAGUGUUUGCUUCACCUCAUGAUGUGACGUGACAUGAGCUGGCCUUGUGUUGAGGGUUGUUCCUGCUUCUGUUUUUUUUAUCCUAUUCAAGGCACGGAGUGUAGCAAACUUGCAAAUUAAACGUACCAAUUACCAUG